CGUAAAAAUAGUAGGGAAUGCUUUAGCUACUUCGCUUCGCCGACCCCACCACCGCCGCAGUUUUCUAUUCAGUCCAUCAUCAAAUCUCCUCGAUUAAACUAUCUAAGAGAAGAAAUUUACUUUGCAAGGACCCGCAAUUGAAUAGAGGAUAUCAUUUAGGGAAAGUUUAUAGUAGUUAUAGAUCAUGAAGCCAAAGAAGUUUAAUUUUCCCUUUUCUACUUAUCAAGAAGAUCUCUCAAAAUACCUUGGCAAUAAGACUGUUGUGGUUUCAUUCUUUGGAAUGUCUUCUUAUCAAAUGAAAGGCUGCAAAGUUGGACUCGUUGAUAAUAUCCUGGGAUAUCAAGUGUUUAACCCAACAGUUGUUGCUGAUCACGGUGUAGAUCCAGAAACCAUGAGCUCCAUUGAAGGUUGCUAUUGCAGUUCCAAGAAAGUAUUGUUUCUGCACCUAAGAGGAAUGUAUGACACUCAUUCUCUUAUCAAGCAAUUUCAGACUAUGAAAGAUGAAAUCAAUGAAAAGGGAUACCUGACGGUGUGGGCCCAAUUGAAGCACAGUUAUGCUCGAGCACUCUUGUUCCUGUUCCAUAUAUCGCACAUCCUUGUUGUUAACCAACCCACUGCCACUCCGGAUAUCUGCUACGUACAUCUCUUCCGAGCAUUGGAUACCAUCAGGUUGAAGCUGGCGCCAAAGUUGAGUGAGGUGCUGGGUAAUAUUGCAGGAGUAAGCACAGAAUGGGCCUCCAAUAGCAGAUUCUGCUCUCCUCGUGUUCUUUGGUUCUUUGAGAACUGUCCUCCAGCUCUCAGGAAAGGCAUUGCAAGUAAACUUGGAAUAAACCCCACAACAGAUGACCAAGAUGAGGUAAAACAUCAGCUAGAAGAUACAAUCUACAAAUUUCUUCGGAGAAGUCGAGUUAUAACAAAUCUCAGCACCAAAUCAUUAUUCGCCAUUCCUCUAAACUCGAGGUAUAUAUUUAUGGUGUUUGAACCAGACCCAACGAAAGAAUGGAUCCCUUAUCUAGUUAACUCUAUGAUUGACUUGUGCCGAGAUCCAAAUUUAGGACUUGAGCAAAAUCACUGCAGCUUUGGGUACGAGAGCUUGACAGACCCUCUCAACAAGACUUUAGAUCAAAAGUUUGAAUCAUUCUUGCAGUAUCACAUAGAUGAAGCGUUCAGUCCUAAUGGGUUUAAGGACAAUAAUGGUCGCCAUACAAGCUUGAUCAAUGCUUUUGAGACCCCACCUCUAGGAGUGCUCUUGGAAGCUGCAAAUGCUCUCUACACAGUGAUCGUCAAAGAUAGUCCCGUGUCUGCUCCUGUAUUAUCUACUCUGCAUGAUCUACUAGACACAGACAUUAAAUUUAGUGAGGCCAGAUGUAGCAAAGUUCUGCCUCUAGCCAUUUCUACAUACCAAGAAAACUUGCCUGCCAACUAUACUAAAGAGUAUCAUCUCAACAAGGUGUCCCUGGCACUGGGGGUGUUUGGAGAGAAUGCCAGAGGUCCACUGGUGGAGAGUUAUAUCACACAGUUAGAUGGGGAGAGAGUGUCCCUGGCACUGGGGGUGUUUGGAGAGAAUGCCAGAGGUCCACUGGUGGAGAGUUAUAUCACACAGUUAGAUGGGGAGAGAGUGUCCCUGGCACUGGGGGUGUUUGGAGAGAAUGCCAGAGGUCCACUGGUGGAGAGUUAUAUCACACAGUUAGAGAGAGAGUGUGAGAGAUACUGGAAGAGCGGCAGACAGAUGUGUGAGGUGCUCAGUAUGACUGGUAACCCUUGCACUAAGCCGUUACACAAGGGAGGCAGUGGGGAUGUGGCCAACCACCAGCUCGACUCCAGUCGUUUGGAACUCCCAGUAAUGGAGCAUUGCAGUGGUGUUCGCUAUGUUUCAGCAUGUGAUUGUGGAAGAAAACAAGGUCCUCGAGAAGACCCGUUCUCUGCAAGAGCAGCCAACUGUGACUUCUAUCAGCUGUUGGGAGCUGAGUGUGGCUGUGACAUGUUGGAUCGCAUAGAGUUUCCAGUCUUUCAGCCUAGCACUCAGGACUACAGGGCUGCCCAGUUGUUUUCAUCGCAUGGUGGCCGCAAGGACAGUGGACAUGUUAGUACAAGAGAGCUCGGUACCCAGCCUGGUAACACCCAGGGCCUUAGUCUAGCCUAUGUGUCUGGUGGAGAGAACAGUGAUCUACUGUUGGGUGACAGCGUUGUUGUUAGUCAUCAUCGGACCUCCACCACCUCUCCUACUGAGAGUCAUCAGAUCAUCAUACAGGUGUAUGAUCUUGGUAUAUAUGUUACAGCCUAUGUGUCUGGUGGAGAGAACAGUGAUCUACUGUUGGGUGACAGCGUUGUUGUUAGUCAUCAUCGGACCUCCACCACCUCUCCUACUGAGAGUCAUCAGAUCAUCAUACAGGUGUCUGAUCUUGAUUUAGACAGCAGCAAAGACAAGAGUUUGGUCCGUCAGCCCAGCACCACAGAGUACCUCCCUGGUAUGCUACACUCGGAGUCGCCAGGCAGUCUGUUGCCUCAGUUCCCGUCAUGGUCGCUGGUGUGUCUCGGCCCUUCUAGCCUUUACUCUCACAACCUCGGCCUACAGGAUCAACAGCAGGCGGGCAUGUUGGCCUCCGCCUACCUGCUGCCUUGGGACGUCAUUGUCAGAUUAGAGCAAACACAAAAGGAUCGUUUUUGGCCCACUGUUGGGGAGCAAACUGGUAUAAGCCGUAUGAAGCCAGGGCAAUCUACGGGAUUGUGCAAAGGGAGAAAGAAUAAGGGAGGAAAAGAUCUGUCCGAGUUUAACGUGAAGAUAUUUGUGGGAGUGGAGUACGAGUGUCCGAGAGGUCACAGAUUCAUGUGUUCAGCCCCAGACAAAGUGCUCAAGACCUCAGGCUCUGGUCUGGUCAAGGACAAUGGCAACAAAGUCACCAGCUCCGACAUGCCUCUCUACUUCCCAUGCCCUUGCAGGAGCAGCAAGCCGCUGACCGCCCAGCUCAUGAGGGUGCACGUUGUGACUCCCAAGGCCCCCGUCCAUGUCACCCUCAACCCCCGGGUGCAGCCUGCCCCCCUGCCUUGCCCCACCUUCGUCACAGGUUGCCAGGAACCAAUCAAACUGUCUCAGAGUGCAUACUGGGUUCUUCGUUUACCAUAUGUGUAUGUGGGGGAUCAAGGACCAUAUCUUCCCCCCAAGGAUCCUAUUCCAGCCAACUACGGACGGUUAUUAGCUGGGAUGUACGGCAUUUCCGAGAUCACUGACACCAAGCCAUAACUCAGCUGUGUCUUGAAUACAGAGAUAUAGGAGGAUGUUGUGCGGAGAGAAUAAACUCAAUGAAAGUUCUUCUUUUA